UGUGUGUGUAUGUGUGUGUAUGUAUGUGAGCGGGCGGGCGGGCGAGCGCGAGAGUGUGUGUGACUUUGCAGCGGCGGCGGCAGCGGCAGCGGCAGCAGCAGCACCACUCGAGGGCCGAGCAGUUGUCAAAGGCUUGCCCCCAUGCAACACGGCCUGCUGCGGCGUUGGUGAUGACGGACAACUCAGGGGGUUGAUGUCGCUUUUUUACUUUUUAUUUCCGCACACGCUCGCGUCGCCCAAGAGCAAUGGCUCCUGCGGCCGCGCUCCUCCUCGCCACCUUGCUCUUCAUGGCCCUGCCCAAAGAAUCUCUGCAAGGACCCCAUGAACGAAGAUUGCUCAACGAUCUCUUGGCCGCCUACAAUACCCUGGAGCGGCCGGUGGCCAAUGAGUCGGAGCCACUCGAGGUCAAGUUCGGACUCACUUUGCAACAGAUAAUUGACGUGGACGAGAAAAAUCAAAUAUUGACAACAAAUGCGUGGCUGAACUUGGAGUGGAACGACUACAACCUGCGCUGGAACGAGAGCGAGUACGGCGGGGUGAAGGACCUGAGGAUUACGCCGACCAAGCUGUGGAAGCCGGACGUGCUCAUGUACAACAGUGCGGAUGAGGGUUUCGACGGGACAUACCACACUAAUGUGGUGGUCAGGAAUAACGGUAGCUGCUUGUACGUACCUCCGGGCAUCUUCAAGAGCACAUGCAAGAUAGACAUUACUUGGUUCCCCUUUGAUGACCAACAUUGUGAUAUGAAGUUUGGUAGCUGGACCUAUGAUGGAAAUCAGCUUGACCUAGUGCUUAAGUCCGAAACGGGCGGCGACCUCUCUGAUUUUAUCACCAAUGGCGAGUGGCACCUCAUAGGCAUGCCGGGCAAGAAGAACACGAUCGUGUACGCGUGCUGCCCAGAGCCGUACGUCGACAUCACCUUCACCAUCCAGAUUCGCAGACGCACCCUCUACUACUUCUUCAACCUGAUCGUGCCGUGCGUGCUCAUCUCGUCGAUGGCCCUGCUGGGCUUUACACUGCCGCCUGAGUCUGGGGAGAAGCUCACCCUAGGGGUCACCAUACUUCUUUCUUUAACUGUAUUUCUCAACUUAGUUGCUGAAAAGAUGCCGUCCACAUCUGAUGCAGUUCCUUUGAUAGGAGUCACCAUCUUACUUUCGCUGACUGUGUUCUUGAAUCUGGUAGCUGAGACACUACCCCAAGUCUCCGAUGCCAUACCCUUGUUAGGCACCUACUUCAACUGCAUCAUGUUCAUGGUGGCCUCUUCCGUGGUGCUCACUGUAGUGGUUCUCAAUUACCACCACCGUACAGCCGAUAUUCAUGAAAUGCCUCAAUGGGUGAAGACUGUGCUGCUACAUUGGUUCCCGUGGUUCCUGCGGAUGAGCCGGCCCGGGAAGAAGAUCACGCUACGUACAAUCAAGAUGCACAAACGCAAGAAAGAGCUUGAACUGAAAGACCGCUCGUGCAAGAGCCUGCUGACGAACGUGCUCGAGCUGGACGAUGACUUCCGGCAGAUGAGCGGUGGGCCGUCGUGCGGCAACUACCUGCGCGGCAUGUCGGCGUCCACGCUGGACGAGACGGUGGCGCACGUCGGCGGCAGCGCGUGCUCGGUGUCGCAGCGCGAGCUGCAGCUCAUCCUGCGCGAGCUGCAGUUCAUCACGCUGCGUAUGCGACAGGCCGACGAGAAGGCCGACCUCAUCAGUGACUGGAAGUUCGCGGCCAUGGUGGUGGACCGCUUUUGUUUGAUCAUCUUCACCAUGUUCACGGUUGUUGCAACGGUGGCGGUCCUCCUCUCGGCGCCACACAUCAUUGUCGAGUGAAUGUGGUGGGCCGCCCUGGCGGCGCCCCCACCCCCUCGGGCCCCCUUCACACACGAUCUCAAAACGAACAUGCCGACUACACACACCACCGCAAGCGAUUUGUUACUCAGAUUGAUUGGUUCGUUUGUACAAAGACUGUGAAAUUUAGACGAGUAUUUUAAUAUGUAUAUCAUUGGUUACUGGAGUGUUUUUGCAAAUCUUGGUGGGAAAACCCCUCAAGAAAAGGAAUAACAAGUGCAAUACGUCAACCAGCCCGUUGGCUCACAUUGUUUAAGACAUUCCUAGGAGUGUCAAGGCAAUGGGAGAUAAUUGAGCAUUUUGAAGAUCUGUUUUUGACUGCCCAAUGUCAGAGAUGACAAAAGGGGGUUCAUUCGGUGACUCUAAACAACUCAACGGGAUGGGAGGCGUCACUUGCUAGUUUUCGCACCUCUCCAGCGGCGUUUCAAUAUAAAAGCCUCAGUGUGGGAACGCAGAUUGGGUCUCAGUUCCUCUGCGGCCACUCGGGGCCUCAUGUUAUCCGCUUGGCGGUGUUAUGGGCACCUAUAUAGUGAACUCAUAUAUCCCAUGGGAUGGGCUGAGCAGAGGUUAAGAAAUAUAUCUGCUAGAGAAACGUUGAGAAGUGACAGAAUAUCAGUUAACCAUUCUUUUCUAAUCUGUUCCCUCUCUUGGUGGCGCUGGCAUCUUUUAUUCUUCAGUGAUUUUUCCACCAAGACGCAAGUUUUUCGAUUUGCCAAUUUUUAAGUCUCAUCUAUUAAUUGAUUUAAUUUUAGUUCUAAUUUUUGAAUAGUUUCAUAUUUUUAGGUGGCUCAUUUUCUCGAAGAGCAUUAUUUUGUCAUGCAUCUAAAGAAGGCAGGCAACCUAGAAUUUUGGUUUCAAAACUAAAAUUGAAUCAAUUUUGAAGGUCAAUCUCAACUUAAGGAACUUACUUCAUUUUUCAAACUUGAUAAUUUAAGACUUUUAAACUAAAAAUUUUGAAAUUUGAAAGAAUGUUUUUUGGAAUUUUUUUUCAAGUGAGCCAAGAGUUUCAUUGAUAAAUACCUAAAAAUGCCAGUAUAACUGAUUUUCCACAAUAAAAAAAAAAUCUUCUUGGUCCCUUCGACAUUUUCCAGAUAAGCUGGAAAUUAAAAUCCCUUUUGCGGAAUAUAUUUCACAAAUCGAAACAAAAUCAAUCAUUUUUUACGGGUUCUUGGAAACUGUUUAAAAUAGUCUUAAUUUAAAUUGCUCAUGCUCAUUUGGUGUUCCCUUGCCGAUUCGGACCUGAGAAAUAUUUGACCGUCUGAAUUUCACAGCCCUCGAUUUGUAAGGAUCAUGAACGUCGUAACUUCCCUCUUGAUAUAUUGUAAUCUAUUACACACGAGGCACACACGUGCCCACACUCACACACAGUUGUUGCAUACGCAUCAGGGGCCUCGGUGGUUUGGGAAUGCGUGCUGUUCUGCCUCCUGCUGCUCGCUAAAUUUCCGAUUGGAAAAUGCAGGGGAAAAAACGUGUUUGAAAACUGCAGAGAAGGUAACCUCUAAUUUUAAUUAAAAUCGCUCAAUUUCAAUAAACGGCCCACCUUUCAUGCAGUGCGCAAUCUCAUUGCUUUCGUCGCGAGACUCGUUGGCUGGCAGAACAGCGCGCGCUUCACAAACGAAAUUAUUAAUGUUGAAUCGCUCUCUGACUAUGUGGCUGCUCUGCGAGAAGGCUGCACACAACUAAUCAAGAAAUUUUGCACUUUAAGAUAACUAUCUCGUUCGUUUCCGAUUCAGUUUGAGAGGUGUGUUGGCUGUAGGCUUUUACUCGCUUUGAUUUUCACUUUGCGACCGUGUUUAUUUGGCUGGACUAUCACCGAAUUAAAGUGCAACAUUUUCUGGCAGUCGCGCAACCUCCCAUUUUCAGUCUCUCCUGUUUUUCGAAUCGAUGAGCGCAGAGUUGUGUGACAUGUCAUAGCCCUGCUGUCUCUGAUUGGCUUGUAUAAUUGGUGGAUUAUUAAAGUGUGAAAUCAGUAAUUUAUAUACGCAUUGUGCAAUCAUAUUAGAGAUGGGCAUCGUUGAGAAAACCAGAAAACAAUCAAAUAACGAAAUUUUUACCCUGGAUCGCAUUAAUCUAAUGGUUGUUAAUUGUUACAGACAUGCAUGUGAAAAGCAUAAGUACAAGAGGACUUUCACCAAAAGAGAUCUUGAACGCAGAAUUUUUAUAUAUCUAUAUAUUGAGAGAAUCUACGACAUAAUUGGCUUUAUUGAUUUGCUUGGUAAUCAUUGUGUGUUGGGCUAAAACAAAUGUUUGCAAAUUUGUUUGCGAAAAUAGCACUAGAGGAGAGACACCCGCCCAUCUUUAGUGCGAAAACAUGUUGAAUUGUGUGUUGUAUAAAUAAAACGGUGAAACAUAAUAAUGCAGCAAGCAAAAAUCAGGAUUAAUCCCUAAAUAAUUUUGAAACAUAAAAUGACUUAAAACUUAAAAUGCAUCAAUAAAAACGCGACUCUUUGUUUUUCUUUCGAUCUCGUUGCCAAAAAUCGCAACAAGCUAUUCCAUAUUGUCUACUAAAAAAGUGAAAUAAAGUAUGAAAUAGAAAAAUACACAACAUCUCAAACUGAUGUCUAUACGCAGAGCUACGCAUUUCUAGCAAAUGAGGUUUGUUUCGAUCCUAAUUUCCAGGAGUUCUGAGCGAGACGCGAAAGAAGUAUAUAUUUUGCAAUAUGUGCUUUGUAUUUUGUUAACAACUGCUGGUAGCAACAUUUUUGUAUGUGCAUUACCUACCGAGAAAAAAAUAACUUAAUAUAACAAUGAGUCUUUUAAAUUAUAUAAAAAUUGUUAAAAACUGUUAAGAAAAAUAAAAAUGAGAAUUUUAUAAAUUUGAA